ACAGUCAGUUCAUCAAAUGCCUCUUUUGUUUUUCGCUUUCUCUGUUCGAUAAUGAAGGCAAGUACAUAUUUCAUACUUACUUCAGAUUCAUAUGAUUUUUUCAAUUAGUUAUUCAAAAUUUUGAAGAUAUAUUGCAUAUAGAAACAUUUCAACAUUACAACAAGCCAUAUAAGACAUUCAUCCAAAUAUUUGACAAAUACUACUCGAAUUCGCACAAAUACCUGCCCUGCUUCCACCACAUAUUCCAGGAAUUUACUUUUAAGGUUAGAAAAUAAUGAUAGCCUCAAGAUGCCAGUCAAUAUAUAGUUUCUACUACCUUUUCGUAGAAGACAUUAAUCUUGACUUGCCCUGACAUAUUACCCAAAGAUUGACUCUACAUUUUCGUAGAAGAUUUAUUACCUUUUCUUUACUACCUUUGCAGUCGAUGAACUUGUUUGAUUCAAGUUUAAUUAUGCAACCUUACACCUGCCCCAUCUACAAUAUAUAUAUGCACCACUAGAAAUAAUCAGUGAACAAAUCCAGGUGUAAAAACAUCGGUCUCCUCUUGACCCCUUCCUCACAACUACUUAACAUAAAAGUAAACUUAAUAUUACAAAAAACCUGGAUGCAGCAGGAUAAUGGUAAAAUUUAAUAACGACCUGCAAGCUGGACAUGAAUGAAAAUCCACCUUCUUUUGCCCUUGUAUUUGUUGCAGAGCUACUAGGUUUGUCUUGAGUUCUUUCAUCAAGGGAAUUUGCCUUACAAGUGUUGUCUGCCUCACUUUUUUGAUAAGAUUUAUCCUCGUCAUUUGCUAUCAAUUGAAGGUUUUGCUGCCUUCCAACUGGUCCAUCCUCGGUAUUUCUGGCAAUAGGCCCAUUACUCUUAGAGCUAACGUCAGAGUAAUCAGCCAAUGAUUGCAUCUCGCCCGUGAGUUAUGCAUGCUGCGCAAUCACUCCCUAACAGUCACCUCCAAUGAUUGCAUCUUGCCCAUGAGUGAUUGAACAACACCUCCUAAUACAGUCGCACUUUAGGACUCACAUACUGUUUCAUUACGUAUAGUAGCUUUACCUUCCAAAUGGAGCUGCCAAACAAAAAGUAGGACAAACAAAAGAUGUUCAGUUAACUCAAAACGUGACCUUUAUCUAUGCACCAGUUUUGCCCGAAUCUCUUAAGAAAGGGGCACACGAGAGACACAUAAAACUUAUUGUGAAAUUCAUAUUGAGUUUCAUGAAAAAGUUGUUAUAUCCAGUGCAAUCUAUAAAUAGUCUUCUGUCGGAUUAUCCAAAAUUGUAGAUGGAAGAUGUCUUUAAAUUUGUAGGGCAGUUCAUGUUAAGAUAAAAAAUCUCCUGCGCAAGACUAAGAAUUGAUGAAUUUCUUAAUAGCAAAUCUCUGAAAUUUUCUCCACUCUCGAACAUUUUGCCAUCAUCUGCUCUCCGACCCGUGUUCUGAAGCUUCUUCUGCAAUUUUGGUUUCUAUUUCUUGUUUAGGGCUUAGUGGUGUGGCAUCACAUACAGAACUUUUGAAAUUACUGCAAUGUCCUGUGAUUAAAAAAGGAAACAGGUUAACUAAUAUCAACAUUUAUGAACAUAGAGCUAACCUAAAAUCAACAUUUAUCAACAUAAAACUAAACUGGAUAAUACAGGGCCCCCAAACGGUCGAAAUCACAUGCGGGUACUAGGGCAACAAUUAUAAACUGGAUUAUAUUCCGGCACUGAUGACUAAACUGUCUUCUUCCUGACCGCAUUGAGGUUUCAGGAUUACCCAGCUAAUGUGUUCAUCUAGACAUUUGGAGUUGUCAGAAAAACGUCACACUUCAUGAUAUUGUAAUUUAAGCAUUUCUUUAGCUAGUUGUGCUUAUGAAUAAUAGAUGUUACCCUCUUGUUUUCUUGUCAAUUCACGUCCUUAUUAAAAGCGCUAAUGAGCAAGAAAACAGAUGUGGUAACACGCAACGUUUCCUUGUCAAUGAACGUUCUCAUUUUACAACCAUACUUAAAGUCAACGGUGGCCAUUACAUAAUCAAGUUACUUAGUAAUUCAAGAAGGUCAUACCUCCACUCUGAGAUACAUAGGCAUCUGUUUCUUCUUCCUUAGGGUUUUGGUCUGCAAGACCAGCUUUGAUUGGGGAAGCAUCACUCUUCUCACUUUCUUCACUCACAACAUUUCUGUUCUGCAUAAAACAAACAUUAGCUUCUAAAAGUUACAUUUUGUAUGGCGAAAAAAGAAAGCAGAAAUUUUCUAAAAAGGAUUUUGAGACAAGGAAGACAUACAAUUGAUUUAGUUUCAUAGGCUCUUAGGCUGGAUCUCUUGCAUUAAGUGAUUUCUUUUCCGCUCAGUUGAGUUACAUGCUACAUUCUGAGAUGAGGGUUUCGAGAUUUGCCAUUGUCGCAGUACUUGGUUGCCGAGACAUUAAAUUCUUUGCGAUGUUUCUCUGGUGAGUUCCUACAACCGAAGUCACCUUGUGGAUUUUAUCAACUUUCUUGUCAAUUGCCACCUUUCUAUGUGGUUAGAGAUCUGCAGGAUGAGAAGCUUUCAACUUUCUUGAAGCCUUUUAUUUCGUCUUGGCCUCUCUUUCUUCAGGUUUCUUUGCAGCCACUUUCCAGUUUUAGCUUGUUCUUCAUGGUCAAGCCUUUUGCUUGGAGUCUCUUCUGCUUCAUUUUUCGGUGCAUUUUUGCAGACUACAAACCUCCUUCUUGUGCUUCCAAACUUUUUAGCAUCAUUUUGGUGUAGAAAGCCUCCUCUCCUCGGACUAAUAUUGUGCACGAGGCUCCUCCAAUUCCAUAGAUGAAACAGGAAGAGCCUUACAAGCACAAUGGGAGGGCUAUCAUUAGUGAAUCUUUCAGUGGAACCGGAGUGAUUCAAAUCUUUCCGUGGAACCGGAGUGAUUGGAAUGACAAAUCAGGCCUAUGCUCUUCCCCAGAGCUGCCUUUCAAAAGUCCUUUAAAUCGCAUCGUUUCAAGAACUUCCCUCAAGGUCCUCUUUUCAUGAUCAACGUUUGAGCCAAAGUUUGAGGGGUUUUUAACUCUCGUAUCUGCUGACUUGAAAAAGUAUUCUCACCUUCCUCGGACUGUUUCUUCAGAGCAGCCUGCAAAGAUCUCGAGUGGUACUCUUCGAUUCCCAUGAGCUUGGCAAUCAGACUCGGCCCUUUCCCCGCCUUGUGCAACGCAGCUGUUGUUGCAACGGUGGAGUCACUGGUGGUAUGAAAUAUAGAAUCUUUAUCAUUUGGUGGAGCAACUCGAACAUAGUUUCACCAUUAUUAAACAAAAUUUAAUUCCUUUGUGUGCCCUCCUGGUGAAGCUGCUUUAGAGUUUAGACCUGGAAAUUAAAAUAGUUGUUUGUGUUGUGACCAUCACGUCUUUCAAUUUCUAAAUCCAAAAAAAGAAACAGUAAGAACAAUUUCAUAAUUUCACACAUGUAAUCUUUGUGUGCAAAGCACUGCAGACCCAAAUGAUUACAAGAAGCAAAUGACGCAAAAAUCAUGUGUGUACACAUGAACCAAGAUACUAUAACUCCAAGGUUCUUUUUUAUAAAUAUUAAUCAUUCGUGAGAUUUAAACUCGUACUUCUUUCAACAAAGUGCAAUUUGAUGCCACUAGAUUAACUUGGUCACAUGCUUUAACGAAGUGAUGUUGAGCUUUUUGUUUUUCGUGAUUUUUAAACUUUGAAUUUACUUUAACAAAGUAAAGAUCGAGUGUCGCUAGACCAAAUAGUCAUAUGUAAGUUCUGGUGAAUUUAAAAUUUGAUUCUAAAACCACAUGGGAUGACACAAACAAGAUUUUUUUCAAUGUGUACCCGUCACAUUCUCGCAUCGUAUUAUCAGUUCACCAUUAUUACAACACGCGUUUAAUUUAUUUGGCUAUACUAUCUUCUAAAAUAUAAACUUGUAGCCAACACAUUAAUAAUCCGUAAAUUAGUAAUAGUAAUACCACGUGACAUUAACGGUACACCAUUUCAUUCCGCCACGGGUUGAUCGGAAAAUACCAAAGAGCAUGUAAGAGUUUUGGCCUAAGACUUGAUCAUUAGGAGUAAACGAAACAUUAUUAGCAAAAACCAGUCAAAUUAGCUUAGAAUUGGCGACGACCAUUUCAUGCAAAAAUAGUAAUAUACAAUCAUCGGUUGUCCAUUUUUACCGUCAAAACGCGUAGGUUAAAAGUACAGAAAGUGUUAAUCAAAAUUAUCACCAAUCCCUCUAUAAAAACAAACUUAAAGAACAGAAAACUUAUUAACCACCAUUCAUCCAAGAAACAAAAUCAGCCCCAGAAAAAAAAAAAAUUCAGUAAUUAAUCUUUUUUCUGAAUUAAUCUUAAUUAAUUCACCUUAAUUACGUCAACCCCACAUUCUGUUUUUGUUUCUCAAAACAUAUGCACCCCACGUUCUUUAGCUGCAGAAACAGAAAACUGCACUAAUCACCUCAGCUUCUUUUUCCCAAUUUCUUCAAACUUUUCGAAGUCGAAAAGCAAAAUUCCAAAAUACCCUUUUCAUAAUUUCUAACAUCUCUCAAUCCCUCUCUGUUGGGAGAGAAGAAAAGAAACCUAUCUCCCCUCAAAAUCUCUCCUUUCUCCCACACAACAACAUCCAUUGUCGUUGUUUGUUUCCCAAGAAAGACGAAGGUCUUCGAGUUCCACAAUGGUCCGAGCUCUUACAUCCCAACAACAAACAGUGCAGAAGACAAAAUCCUUCCAGAUGAAACGAAUGUUUGAGAUCCCGAGACACCUUCAGAAUUUGAUCUUUGAGAAUGGGCAGGACAGGGAGGGAGAUAGCGAUACCGCUCAGUUACUGAGUCCCAAGAUUACACCAGAGAGCGGCCCGGUGGAGACACAAGGAACGUGGGGAUCUGAUCGCGAUAAUGGUGCAGAUGAAGGCACAGAUGAAGGCGAAAAGGUGAAAAUUCCUAAAUCCAAGAGGCCUUCAGAUAUGGAAAUGAUGAAGGAAAGGUUCUCUAAGCUACUUUUGGGGGAAGAUAUGUCCGGUGGUGGAAAGGGCGUCUCUUCGGCGUUGGCUUUAUCAAAUGCCAUAACCAACCUAGCAGCAUCUGUUUUCGGAGAACAAAGGAAACUGGAGCCUAUGUCUUCGGAAGCGAAAGCACGGUGGGUGAAAGAAAUAGGUUGGCUUUUGUCUGUGACAGAUCACAUUGUUGAAUUCGUCCCUUCGCAACAGAAUGGAACAAACAUGGAGAUAAUGGUGACCCGGCAAAGAAAUGAUCUGCACAUGAACGUUCCUGCCUUGCGCAAGCUCGAUGCAAUGCUUAUUGGUCACUUGGAUAGCUUUGGAACCCCAAAUGAGUUCUGGUAUGUGAAAAAAGGAGCCCAAGAUUCUGAAAAUGAUGAUAAUUCCCAGAGAAAUGACGAGAAAUGGUGGAAACCCGCGGUUAAAGUUCCACCCGAAGGGCUUUCGGAUGAAUGCCGAAGGUGGAUGCAAUUUCAGAAGGAAUCUGUGAACCAAGUACUAAAAGCAGCAAUGGCCAUCAACGCGCAAGUGCUAGCCGAAAUGGGCAUACCCGAAAACUACAUUGAAUCCCUUCCCAAGAAUGGUAGGGCUAGCCUCGGUGAUUCGAUCUAUAAGAGCAUAACGGUGGACCACUUUGAUCCUCUGGAGUUCUUUGGCUCCAUGGACAUGUCCACAGAGCACAAAGUGCUUGACCUCAAAGACCGAAUUGAGGCCUCUAUUGUAAUUUGGAAGCAAAAGAUGAACCAAAAGAAUGGAAAGUCUUCGUGGAGUUCGGUCGUGAGCUUGGAGAAGAGAGAGCUCUUUGAAGAGAGAGUAGAGACUAUCUUGCUUCUAUUGAAACAGAAGUUCCCAGGAAUCCCACAAUCUGCGCUUGACAUAAGUAAAAUUCAAUUCAAUAUGGAUGUAGGGUACGCUAUCCUAGAGAGCUAUUCGAGGGUGAUCGAAAGCUUGGCCUUCAAAGUCAUGUCCAUGAUCGAAGAUGUGCUUUACGCUGAUUCUCAAGCUCGAAAAUCAUCAUCAAACAUGAGGCUUUCACUGGAUUCUAGGGAAGAUGGAGACAUGACACCAACAAAGACACUGUUUGAGUUCAUGGAUUGGAAUGCAGAGACGGAAGAGAAUGACAUAGACAACGAUAGCUCAGCAGGCAACAAGGAGAGCUGCUUUAAUGAAGACCGUGACAAGAUCAUGAGCAAACCUCCCGCUAGCAUAAACACCAAGAGAUUUUCAUACUUGGAGAAGCUUGAGAAGUUGAGUGGUCUAAGAAGUCCAACAGCUCGGCAUUGAUGGAAAAAUUGAAGAACAAAGGAGAGAGAGGGGCAGAUAGACAUAGAGAGAGAUACAGAUAUACUUCUAAGUAGUGUGCUUGUUCUUCCAUCCUAUUGAAGGAUUGGGAAGUUUCUUGGGUGUUUGUAAUUAGUGGGUUUUUGAUGCAUUUGAGAAUUGGGAUGUGGUUAUUCUGAUCUUUGCUGGUUGUUAGAAACAGUAAUACAUGUAUUCUAGUUUUUCUCAAAGGCUGUAUGGUCUUUGUUCCUUUCUUUC